ACAGUUUACAGUUUGAAUAGUUGUGUUUCAGCUGAAGAAAAUACUUAUUUAAAAGGCCACAAAGUGUAAAAGUUGAAGUUAGUUUUACACAUUUGGUGAUCAUGCUGAGCAGGAAGAUGUAUUGAUUCUGAUGCUUGGACAGUGUGGCGCCAUGAUGUUGUUGGUGUCUGAUCUUCUCUUCCAUUUUUCAUCUCAAUUUUCGUGUUUGUGGUUAGUGACUUAACCGAGUACUGUAUUAUUGGAGAAAGAUCUAAAAACGACAUGAGGGGCAAAUUUUUUCCUCAGAAGGUGGUUCGUGUGUGGAAUGAAUUUCCUGAGGAAAUGGUAAUGACUCCUUCAAUCUUUUGGACUCCUGGAGUUAAUGUUUUGCCAGCAACAAACAGAGGUUGUUUUGAAAAAAAUAGUCCAAUCACCUCACAAACUAGACAAGAGAAACAUAAUGUGGAUUUGAACAGUGAAGUUUGUUUUUUCUUCUUUGACCUCGUUAAUUCUCAAAGUUACAAUUGUCCUACCUCAUUUACUUAAUGUAAAUAUACUUUACCUAAAAGCUGAAUGCAUCGUGGGACAUUAAAUGGGCUGUUAUUUGCCUUGUGUGUGCUUGAUUUGAUCACUGGGGAAGAGGACAGUGCUGCAUAAAACCUACUGCCACCAGUUGUGCCGUGUUCUUUAGACUUGCUCAACGAUUGCCAAAGGCUGUUCAAAAAUGGCUUCUUAUGGCUACUACAGGCUCAGCAUCUUCACAGCCAUGUUUGUGGGAUACACGCUGUAUUACUUCAAUAGAAAAACCUUCUCAUUUGUGAUGCCCUCGGUUAUGGAAGAAGUGACCUUGGAGAAAGAUGAUUUGGGUCUGAUAACCAGUAGCCAGUCGCUAGCCUACGCUAUCAGUAAAUUCAUCAGUGGUGUUCUAUCCGAUCAGAUCAGUGCUCGCUUGCUUUUCUGCUCUGGACUGUUCCUGGUCGGGCUGAUAAAUGUGUUCUUCUCAUGGAGUUCAACAGUCCCUGCUUUUGCUGUGCUCUGGUUCUUAAAUGGUUUGGCACAAGGCUUUGGAUGGCCUCCUUGUGGUAAAAUACUGCGUAAGUGGUUUGAGCCAUCACAGUUUGGAACAUGGUGGGCUGUUUUGUCGACCAGCAUGAAUUUGGCAGGCAGCCUCGGCCCUCUCAUCGCCACGACGAUGGCCCUUAGCUACAGCUGGCGUGUAACCCUCUCGCUUUCUGGUUCCAUUGCGGUUGUGUUGGCAUUCAUUUGUCUGAUCUUCAUCAUUAAUGAGCCCAUGGAUGUCGGACUACCUAACAUCGAGCCAAGCCUAAAGAAAGGAAGCAGGAAAGGUUCUACUGGGGACGAGAGUACUGUGAAGGAACUGCUACAGACCCCAUACCUGUGGGUCUUGAACAUUGGGUACCUGGUAGUGUUUGGAGUGAAGACCUGUUGCACUGACUGGGGGCAACUCUUCCUCAUUCAGGAGAAGGGACAGAGUGCACUCCUUGGGAGUUCAUUCAUGAGUGCCCUGGAGGUUGGUGGUUUGCUGGGCAGUGUGGCAGCUGGGUACCUUUCUGACAAAGCUGUUGCUCGGAGUGGUCUUCGAAGCCACGGAAAUCCUCGCCAUGGACUCUUGCUCUCCAUGAUGGCUGGAAUGGCUAUAUCAAUGUACCUCUUUAGAGUCACAGUGACUGCAGAGUCUACCCAGCUAUGGAUUCUGUCCUUGGGAGCUACUUUUGGCUUCUGUUCUUAUGGGCCAAUUGCACUGUUUGGAGUGAUAGCCAAUGAAUCAGCACCUUCUAAUCUGUCAGGGACAUCUCAUGCUAUUGUGGCUCUGAUGGCAAAUGUGGGGGGGUUCCUGGCUGGCUUCCCAUUCAGUUCGAUUGCCAAGGUCUACAGCUGGGACAUGGCGUUCUGGAUUGCAGAGGUCACCUGCGCUGUCACCACAGUGGCCUUUUUCCUGCUGAGAAACAUCCGGACCAAGAUGGGCCGCCUUCCCAAAAAAAUUGACUGAAAUUCAGCCACACUCACCCAAUAGAGAGCCUGCUGCUUGUCAUCAUAUUGCUAAAGACCUAUGAGGGUGUGGUUCUGAUAUCCCCGUUACUGCGAGUCCAUUUCCAGCAAAUCCCAUCACUAAAUUUCCCUUUUCCACAUCUACAUCUCCGACCCCUUCACCCUCUUUGCUGUGUGAGGUUCAGCUAUUUAUCCAAGAUAUUCAAAGUGUAUCUGGGCUGCGGGUCAGAAAUGACCUGGAAAAUUUUAUUCGUCUUUGUGUUAAAAGAUUACAGUGUUUCUCCUUCUUCCAGUUCAGUGGUUUGGUUGGUCAUGUUAAGGUUGGCCUGGACUGUAUAGUACUCACUUCUAGUGUGCACACCAGCUGUAACAGGAGCUAGGAAGCAUUGAGAGUGGGACAGGCAGCAACAUCACAGCAGAGGGUGAAUGGGAGGAUGCAGUUGUCAAGGGUGGAUUUCCGUAGGACCCCAUCAACAACGUCACUUAAACUGCUUGCUGUCUUCCAUCAUCUUGGAAGACGAGUUAUCACACCUAAUGCUGCAGGAGGAGCCAUACGCUUUUGUUUUCCUUCAUUAGCUUGCCUUUCCUGCCAGAGGCUAUAGCUUGGGGGUGACCGCACCUCAUGCCUGACUGUGUUGGAGCAUCUCCUCCUUUUACUGCCUGCUGUAGGUAUUUUAGAGAGAUUUUUAGAUUAAAUGCUCAGAAGGGGAAGAAAUAGCAAGCCUUGUAAAUGUCACCUUGUGCAACUAAUGGAACAAAAGAAUGACCAGUGCAUUCACUUUUCCUCUUAAUCAAAAUUUUCCCUUCUUAAUCAACCUGUUUUGCAGCAUUCCCUGUGGUUCUCAAGCCCUGGGAUAAGAACUGAACCCCAAGCUUCUGGUUCAAAGACAGGGAUGCUCCCACGACAAGACCAUCUCUCUAUAAUCGUGCUACUGUUUUAAAAUACAUCUUCCACUGACUCUAGUUGAUUCUAAUCUGUACCCCACGGUGGAAAACCUGGCAGCCAUGGAGUUUAUAGAUCAUGCAUAAGAAUUAACUCGCUACCUAACUACAUUACAGCCAAUGAAGUAUGAUUGCUGUUGUAACGUAGGACCACGUGAUCAUAUCCACAAGGGUCAAAGAUCAACAACACAACCAACAAUAGAACCACAUACUGACGUGUUUCAUUCAAUAUGUCCAAGCCUUUGAUCGUCCCAGUUAAGAUUUGAUGAUUGGUCCUGAGAUUGGUAAACUCUCAAUGCAGGAGAUAAGUGUUGUAUCUUGUAGAUCACAUGAUGUAAUCUCCAGGAUUGUCUCCAUGGUGUCUUGUAUAUUUUAUUUCUGGUUCUGGUGUCUUCACCCUGUGUAGUCUGUGAUUAGAACACGCACUGACAUCAGAUAGUAUAAUGACUCUCAGUAAUGUGGGAACAGAAUUUUUUUUAAGCUCAGCUGGUGAGCCAUUACCCAUGUGAUGUGACAGCAGCUUCCUUUUGGUGAGUUUUUCCUUUUGUUGCCAGUCCCAUUCAAAAUUUAUCUCAGUCUGUUGUCUCAACUGGUUAUUGAAUAGAGCUUAUUAACCACAUCCUGUUCUUCUUGAUGGUCAACUAUCUUAAAGAACAAAAGAUAAUCAAUUACAUGUCAACAGUGAUACAGAUGAAUACUGUGAAGUACCUUUACAAAAAGUGUGUGUUAACGUUGGGAUUAUAGUUGGAUACAGUGUACUGGAAUGUCGAGCUCAGCUCAAAAUUUGUCAUAUUAACAGUUAAGUGAAAUAUGUGUGGUUGUUUCAAGAACCAUCUGACCACAUAGGAAGAAUUCAAACACUAGUUGUAACCAUUGCAGACAAGUGGCAUUUCAACUACAGCAAGUAGUUAUCUAGUGUCAUGCAAUCUCAGCCUGUACUGGUUAAAAUGUAUUUGGAGUAACUAAGGCUCCAUUCACAUCAUCUUACUUUUGUGGUUAGUUCAUUUGGCCCCCAUAUGGAACAACCUUUUCCUUUUUACAAGAUCCCAGUUAGCACACUGUACUCUGUACCAGAGAGAAGCCAGACAUUCUGCCCCACAGCUGCUGUCAAUAAUACGCUUGUGUUGUACAUCUGGCGAUUGAAAGCAGUGCACAGUGACUCAUCUUCCAGUGCUUCCCUCAGUGUAAAACAGUUGAACCUCUAUUCUGCAUCUCUUCCAUUGCUGAGAUUGAGUUUGAUGGGAGUGGAUUCUGGCCUGAUUGCUUAACCUAUCCAGGGUACAAAUGAAUGGCAGUGCUGAGAUACCUGGGUACAGAGGUGGAUUUCAAAUCAAUCAGUCUUGGUACAACUGAACACUAUUUACAUUAAACAUUGAGGGUGGCUGGGUAGAGUAUCAAAUCCUGUUGUAUAUCAUUGCAAUAACUUUAAAGAGACAUUUGUACUCCUAAAUUUGAAUUUCCACGUUGAUGUAGUUAAUUAAAAUUGUACACUAAUGCUGUUUUAAUGCUUAAAUUAUGCUUAAUUAGAAUAGGAUUCAAUGUUUUAAACAAUGAAAAUGUAAUUAAGUUCUUAAUGUUUAAUUCAUGUAUUAAAAAUAGAAAACAGUAGUCAGUGACUUAAAGUAAUACCAGCUGCUGUCACAAUAGGUGAAAGUACUGAAACAUAUCCUUUUGCUGGAGUACGGUGCAGGAGGAAAGAGGGUGGCCAAUUCAAAAUAAAAAUGCACUUUUAAAAUAAUUCAGUGUGAAUAGCAACCCGUAAUUAUAUCUUAAACACAUACGUGAAUCAACUCAGUAUUUUGAGUGUAGCUUCCAGACUGCAGUAGGCACUGGUGAAUAUAGUAAUCUGUUCAGUAAAGCUUGUGCAAAGUGUCAGAGCCAACAGCUUUCACUGAGGCUUGAAUAACAGAGUCUUUUACAGAAGGUCCUGCAGCCAAGAGCUGAGAAAAGUUUAUUUCUAUAACAGUUUUGGAGCUCAGACUGCAGUAUGAAUCAAGUACAUUACAAGGUGCUGGAAAUUACAAUCUCAGUUACAAUCUUGCACUGCCCUUGAGUCACUUCCAGACAGGGGUAUAUUUUAAACCACAUGACAUCCUUCAACAGAAUAGACAUUUUCAGAUCAAUCUGUCUACCAAUGUUAUUACAAGUGUCUGGAGAGAAUGAGACUUGAACCCAGGUCUCCUACUCCGGAGGUAGGAAUACUGCACUACAAGAAUUUCUACAGACAUGGGUCAUCUCUGCAAAGAAUGGAAGUCAGCUGUCCACAAUCACUGGAAUACAAGACAAAAAUGACCCCCUUGUUAUCAAACUGGGACUGUGGUUUGCAACAAUUUUGAGCACUAAAGCUUAGUUCAGUGUUGACUAAUUGAGUACUUUGAGAAUUACACUCUGUCAUGAUAUAAAAAUAUCCCAGUGACUGUGAUCAGACCAAAUGCUCUAGAAUUAUAACCAAUGCUGUUUGGACACAAUUCAGUCUCCAUAUUCACCAAUUAAGCUGAAUUGUGAGUACAAUGAAGUACUUUUUUUUAAAUGGAAUAAAAAUCAAUGUGACAAUAUAUUGAAUUUAAACAAGGUAUUAAAAAGCUUUCAUAAUAAA